CGAAUAAGAAGAAUAGCGGAGUUUUCGCUUGCAGUUCCACGUGUCCUCACAUGAUGGCGCUGUGACAAUGACUCAGACUCGGCUGUGUGGGACCUUCUCCUCUUGGUUACUGGAUCCUUGUUGUCAAACGUUGCUAAGGAAGUCGAAGCUGCUUCUGUAAAAACUUCUCCUCAUCGAGAGCAGACAGCUGAGCGCGAGACGUAACUUCACUUCAGAGGGUCUGUGUCACUUAAGCGAUGAGAGAAGUUUUACCAUCUGACCACAGCGGGUCUCAGACGUGACAAGAGGAUGACUGAGAAUGGCGAGGACGGCGGCGUCCAUCAGCUCAGUGAAGCUCCUGACAUAAGGGGUUCAGUUGUCAAGGACAGCCGGCCACUCAAGGCCCCCUUAGUGGAUGUCAAGCAACAACAUGAUGCCCUUAAACUCACUGCUAGGAACAGAGAGGGAGAGCUCAUUCCUUACCAGCCUCGGCCGCCCUUAAUACCCAGGCAGACAAAGUCCAAGAGGAGUGUCUCCGUUGAGGAGACGGUGAGAAACAGGAGGCUGAGAAACAGCCAGGAGAGCCUGAGUGACCCGGCUGAGACCGGCUCCUCCACAGACUCGCUUAGAGACGACCAAACAGGACCAAAUCCAGGUGGGUUCAUCGUCAGCAGCUCUGCAGCCGUCAAGAACCAGGACUGCGGUGCAAGACCCGUCUCUGCCACUUCCACAGGAUCCCAAUUCUUCCGGGAGCGAGGGAGCAGUCUCUCAGAAUAUGAGAGGAGGCCCCACAGCCAGCAGAGCGACCCCACGGACCAGCGGGCGCAGUCCACCAAGGUGCGCCUGUCCCCGGUGCAACCCACGGGGCCGCUGCCCGCUCUGGAGAAGGGCUUUGUGGCAACCACUUUAAAGGCAGCUAAUAGGAUUGACAGGGAUUGUUUGGAUUAUGCCGUGCUGGCCAGAGAGAAGCUCGGGGAGAGACUCCACAGGAACUUGAGCGACAGCCGGCUCCUGGAGAACAUGGGGUCGGAUAGCGCCUCUGUCAACUCCAUGAGGUCCACGUACAGCGUGCUCAGCCCCAUCAGACCUCAGGACGUCAGGAACAGGAGUUUUCUGGAGGGCAGCGUGCUGGGAAGCGGGGCGCUGCUUGGGGCUGAGGAGCUGGACCGCUACUUCCCCGACAGGAGACUGGGCGUCUUCAUCGCCACGUGGAACAUGCAGGGAGAGAAGGGGCUUCCACUCAACUUAGACGAUCUCCUCCUUCCAACUGACUCUGAAUUUGCACAAGACUUUUAUAUCAUCGGGGUUCAGGAGGGCUGUCCUGACAGGAGGGAGUGGGAGACUCGACUUCAGGAGACACUGGGACCUUAUUACGUCAUGCUGUAUGCAGCAUCACAUGGAGUUUUGUUUCUCACUGUAUUCGUCAGAAGGGACCUCAUCUGGUUCUGCUCAGAAGUAGAACACGCCACAGUCACGACCAGGAUCAUCUCUCAGAUCAAGACCAAAGGGGCCGUGGGCAUCGCCUUCACCUUUUUCGGAACUUCCUUCCUCUUCAUCACAUCCCAUUUCACCUCUGGAGAUGCCAAAGUUUACGAGAGAAUCCUCGAUUACAACAAGAUCAUCGAGGCUCUAGCUCUUCCCAAAGGUCUUCCAGACACAAACCCCUAUCGCUCCACGCAGUCUGACGUCACCACGAGAUUCGAUCAGGUCUUCUGGUUUGGAGACUUUAACUUCCGGCUGAGUAAGGACCGCGGCGAGGUGGAGAGCAUCAUGAGCCGCACCACAGGAGGCGACAUGGGCCCCCUGCUGGAGCACGAUCAGCUCUCUAAGGAGAUGAAGGAGGGUUCUAUCUUUAAAGGCUUUCAAGAGGCACCGAUACGCUUUCCCCCAACGUACAAAUUUGACAGCGGCUGCGACGUCUAUGACACAACUUCUAAACAGAGAACGCCUUCGUACACUGACAGGAUCCUGUUCAGGAACAGACAGGCCGACGAAAUCAAAGUGGUCAAAUACAGCAACUGCUCCGGCAUCAAGACCUCAGACCAUCGACCCGUCAUCGGUGUCUUCCAGGUCAAACUGAGACCGGGCAGAGACAAUAUUCCUCUGGGUGCGGGACAGUUCGACCGAGGCGUGUACCUGGAGGGCAUUCGGAGGAGGAUCAACAGAGAGCUGAAGAGGAGGGAAGCCAUGAAGAACCAAGGUAGCAGCUCAGUCUGCGCCAUCUCAUAGACCCUUAAGGUGGAUUCUGUGGACCAGGCCAGACUGGAUCAGGCUGGACUGGAUCCAACUGUUCCAGAAACAGAUGGAAAAGGACCAAAAGGGAAACCAGAGUUGUCUUGAAAUCCCGCUCCGGGGAAAAUCAUGUUUUUCACUUCCCCUUUGUGCCUUUUUAUUUGACAGAAGACAUUUUAAUACCGUAGCACUGCAGUAAACAAAGGCCAGUCUGAAAAUAAUGAAUUCGAACAGGCAGGUUCAGAAACCAUUCCUGAGCUAGGCUCAGCUACAGGUGAGCUGAGACGGGGAGCAGGAGGCCUCACUUUCCUCACAAUCACAGAUCACGAAAUAAGAAAGGGACGUGUAGAGUUGUAUUCAAGGCAUUAAAACUUUUGAAUAUUUCAUUUUGAGGUACAAAGAUGAUCUUUUUGGGGAUUUGUUAAAGUACCGGAGUGGGGCUUUAACUACACAGAACCAAGUGCAGGUUGUGGUAACUGAGCAGACGGCGCCCUCUUUUGGACAUUCUGGAGAACUUUUUGUGUCUUUGUUUGUGUGUGUGUGCGCUGAGGGAGUGUCUGACUGUCCUUGAGGGCAGGGACCUUGAGGUUAUUCAGACAAGCAGAGAUUCACAGACACAGCUGCAGUCUGGCCUUUAUUUAUUCAGCCCCCUCGGCCCAAACUCAACAGGUACAGCCUUGGGGGGGGGGGGGGGCGUUUGUCAUUUUUGCUAAUUCUUAUUCUAAUUCAUUUUCUAGCCAUUUAAAAAGCAUCAUGAAACCCAGUGUUAAUGUGUUUGUCUGAAAUUUGUCAUUAUUGUUGUAAUGCCUUGUGACUUAGGGAAUCACAGGUAAGUGCAGUAAACGUUUAGCUGCACCUCAUAUCACACUGUUCGGUUUUUACCUUUAAAGAAGAAGAAGGGAGCUGUUCCCUUGUUUGUGUCAUCGAGUCAAAGGGCAUGAAGUCAGCGAACACUACAGGGAUGCGGUCGUUACACGGUACUGUUGAAUUUCAAGUGUAUCUGAUGUUUUAUUUUUUAUGGAAUUCACUUCCUGUAAAAUAGACGGAGGAUUUUAUUUAUUUACGUUAUUGCCUGUCACACAUGUUUCUCUUAUCAGGCCAAGUGAUCCUUUACAGCAGAUUCUAACUCAUUGCCUUAACCUCUCACCACCCUGCUGCGUAACCUCAUAUGUACUGUAACCUCUCCAUGUACUUUAUGUCACAUUAAUGUUUCCAUCAUGAAGAGCAGUGGGCUCCACGAAAAGUGCCUGUAGGUCUUGUUUUCAUUUCCUCAGGACCUCUGUCUUUUUCUAUGUUCGCCUGUGAUGUCACAGGGUUAAUAAACAUUUUAAAACA